AUGUUUUCUCCAUUUUUUCGUCGGUUUCUUUUCUUUGUGUUGUCUUCAAAGAUACUUGAAGCACUAUAUGCGCAAGGUUAGUUUGGAAUUUCAUCCUUACUCUUCUUUUCUGCCUUCUUCUUCCUCUUCUUCUUCUUCUUCUUCUUCUUCUUCUUCUUCUUCUUCUUCUUUCUUCUAUUCUCACAAACUACGCCGUUUAAACCUAGCUCUUAGACCCUAAGUUAAAAACGGGGAAACACAACACUAUUUUUCGAGAAUUACAAGGCACAAAGAAAGACCUUUAAUUGAAAAAAAGAUUCGAAUAUUUUACCUAGGAGUAUAUUCAAGAAUAAGUUGAAUUGAAUUAAUUGAUGAGUUAUUCGUAAAAAUUAAAAAAGGAUUUGUUUCCCGAUGUGCCAUCUUUCAGAGCUACCUCAUCCUCAAUACUUCAUAUAUUGACACCCCAAUUGACCCUGAAGUUUGCCCAAAAGAACGAGUUUGAAGCUUAUUUGCGCUUAGUAUCUAGAAAUUAAAAAAAAGAGUAUCCGAUACCAUUUAUCCGGCCACGUGUGGAAAACUACGCGGCUGGUUCAAGCUUUUAGCUCUCUGGAUUAUAGCAAGCGUGGAUAAGUUAGUUGUCUAGGAUUUACACAAAAUCUUGAGGAGGUACAAAUUUCAAAUAAAAGGUACAAAGUUCAAACAAAAAUAUCUUGGAAAUAUAUUUUUAUUUGAACUUUUCACUUGAAUUUAUCCGAUUUUUGGAGUAAUUUAUGGUCUGUUUCAUGGCAUAACAUUUUAUUUUUUAUUAUAAUAGAAUCGCAUUCAACGCACCACUCAACUCAUCUUCAAGAUGUUUUUGUAAAAGACAAAUACCGCUUUUUAAACGUCCCUGGAAUUGGAACGUUUACAGUGUACGACACCUUUGACUGCACCUUUGAAUGCCUCAGCAAUCCGUCAUGUUUGUCUCUGAACCUGGCCGCCUCCAAAGGAGCCGAUGGAAAACUUUGGUGCGAAUUGUUGACUUCGAAUAAAGACAUCAACCCAGACGAGUUCAAAGAAAACAUGACUUCACACCACUUUUCUUUGAAGGUGCAAAAAUAG